AUGCCGAUUGAUCAGCCGAGUGAUUUUCCGAGAGAAGCAUUACGAUUGCACCAUGCCAACCUUCCUGCUCCAACUCAUUUCUCUCCUGUUCCUGACGCGCCCGAUUUUCAGGUCAUGAGCCCAAACACUGGCUCUACCACUUCCGGCUUACCUCCAGUCCCACCUUUUCCAAUGCACGUGCGAAGGGUGGAAAUGUCAGAAGUUACAGUGACUCCUGAGUUGCUACAGCAGCUAGCACACCUUGCGAAUGCAGCCUCUGAACCAAUGAUGGUGGACGAAGGGGUAGAGAUGUCAGCGGCUAUCCGCGAGAUAGCUUCCCAAGUCAAAGGUCGAACUGAGAUUCUUGCUGGUGCUGUACAAAGUGUGGCCACAAGCACCCAAGGGCUCAGCGACCGUGUGAAGAUGUUGGAGCAGCAGCUCAUAGAAAACAUCCAAAGAGAACAAGCACUAGCUGAAAGACUUCAGGUAUACUUCAAGUCACAAGAAGACCGUCAAAAGAGCUUGGAGCGCACUCUGGACAGGAUGGGAACGGCUAUGGCAUCAAUGCAGCAAGCAAUGACAGCGAUGCAGGCCUCCCUGGAUGAGCACAGAACAUCCAUGAAAGACAUGACAGUCAGCGCGCGGAGCGCCAAUGAACAUGCUGAAUUGCGUUUCAGCACGCUGGAAGAUCGGCACCAAGCAGCGAUGGCCAGAAUGAAUUACGUGGACCAUCGCAUUCUGCAGACCUGCAAACUCUCAGCAGGGCCAGAGCACUUUCUUUUGACACCUUCAAAAGAUGAACAGUGGCAAAAUGAUGACGAUGAUGACAAAACAUGGUGGGAGUGUGAAGAUCCUGCUGGCUUUAAGCCGCCUGGCUUGGCCACGUCUCAGCAGCGCAAGCAGACAGAGCCUGCGCGGUCUUCAGCGCCCUUGAUCCAACAAACUGUCGACGAUGGCGUAGAUUACAAAAGGGAUGGCGUGUGGAAACCACUGAAAGACGUACCCAAGCUUGAGAUUGCUCCUGGGGAAUCCGGGACAAGAGCACUCCAACUUAGCGUGUGGAAAGCUGAGUUUCUGGCAAUUGCACAUGCAGUUGGUCAGAGGUGGGCUCUUUUCUUGCAAGAGAAAUUUCAGCAGGCAGAAAAUGCAUAUGAGCAAAGGCAGAUGGGAAAGCUUUCAACGUAUGAGUACCUGGAUGAAGGCAUGUGGUCUGCAUCCACAUGCGCUGGGCAUCUCCCCUCUGACUUUGAGAGCCGGUUUUGCAUUGUCCUGACGAGGACAUUGCCAGAAGAAGUGAAACGUCCCGUUUUUGAAUACUCAACCCGGGCCAAGGUGACCAGCCAGAAGCUGCUAGUCUGUUUGUUGGAAGUGUUUAACCCUGGCGGCAAGGAGGAAGUGAAGUCUUUGCAGCAGUGGGUUCGUUCGCCGCCCAUUUCCCAGACCUUUGAUGAGGCCUUCAAAGUGUUGCGGCGGUGGCAACUGGCGGUGUCGCGCCUUUCCACUCUUGGCUUGCCGCCCCUUUCACCGCAUGAGAAGUUGUCAGCCAUGGAUGGCAUUCUCCAGAAGCUUGAAGGAAAGUCUGAGGCUCUCCGCAUGGCACCAGAGAUCCGCAGGCCGCAAGAUGCGGCAGUUCAGAGUAUGUUGGCACAAGUAGAAGAAGAAAUUCGAAUCCUCCAGACAGAUGAGCGUACAAAGUUCAACAGGCAAGGAACCUUGGAAACUGUGUUCCGAGCAGAGGCCAAAGCUGCAGCAAAGCCAGCAGCGCCCAGUUUCUGUCAGUUUUUUGCACGUGGAAACUGCAAGAAGGGCGACCAGUGUGCAUUCUCUCAUUUGUCUCCUUGCAGAUUCUUUGUGCUUGGCAGCUGCAGGCACGGGGAUGCAUGCAAGUACCCCCAUGUGACACCAAAAGCAACCCCAAAGCCAAAGUUGGCUCCAAAGGCUUUUCCCAAAAGGAGCAGCGAGACCAAGCCAAAGCAGGCUGCUGAGUCCAAUCCAAAGGCCGCUGCAGCCGAGAACGCUGGUGAUAGCCAAUCUCGUGCUUCUUCGGUUCGGUCCUUGGUGAUGGCAGCGACCACUCAGAGUUCAGCGUGCAAGGUUUCUGAUGAGGAGAAGCCGCUGGUCCUCAUUGACCCUGGCGCAAAUGAAGUGAUCAGACCAUGUCGCCCUGAGCUCCAAAGACAGAUGAAGAACAUGUCCAGCACACAGGUCGCACUUGCAAAUGGCCAAGCGGUAUCGGCUCACAGAACCAGGGAAGGUGAGCUGGUCUUACCAGCUUCUGGACAAACAUGUGCAGAAUGGAUUGUGCCUCUAGAGCGGCUCACAGUGGGCCUUCAUUGCAAGUUUUGUUGGGAUGGCAGAAGUGGAAGCCCAGUCCUGCAAGUCCCCCAAGAGAACGGACAGAUCCGCGAAGUCGAUGUUUUGGUCAAGAACCGUUUGCCUUACCUCAGCUGGACAGAUUUCCAGCCCUUAAGGAGGAGGCUGGCUAAGCUUUGGAAAGGGAAGCCUACUUCAUGCCAAGCAGCUAAUCUGCAUGAGCCACACGCUGAGCACCCAGGUCCUUUGCCGAGCUCCUCUACGUCAGAGCAGAGGGCUCCUAGUUCUACUGCUUCUCCCGGUCGGGGACCUGCGGUGUGCAGCUCAGAUGGUUUUUCCAUUUCUUCCAAAGAGAGAUCUGACUUGGAAGAGAUGCAUGCCUUUGGAAAGAAGUUGCUUGCACUUGGCUUCCCUGUCCCCGAAACAGGCAUCCAAGAAGAGGGUGCGUCUUCCAGUCAGUGCAGUACCUGCAAGGCUGCAGUUUCACCUGCUGCCAAAGAAUUGGAUGACGGGAGAGAUCUGGAAGAUGGGACGUUGCCCGAUGAUGUUCCAACACCAGAACAAGAAGCCUUGAAGCAGCUCAGGGCUCGUUGUGAGCAAGGGCUCUACGACAAGCAGUGUGAAACUUGUCUGAAGUCAAAAGGGUACAGAAGACCCCACCGCAGACUGGCAGCCGAAAGCAUUUCUAACGGAGUGCUGUCAAUGGACUUGUCAGGUCCACACCCUGUCAGUGUGGAUGGUCACCGUUACAUGCUUGUCACAGCCCUGAGGCUUUCCAAUGGCACCGUGCUACCCUUUCUUCGAACUUUGCCGAACAAGGAGUCUGCCACUGUACUCCAAGCAUUGCUUUCCAUCAUGGCUCAAAUAUCAUCCAUGACUGGAGGCAUAGCAGUGUACUUCCGAGUACAUUCAGAUUGCGGGGGAGAAUUCGCUGCCAACAGAAUGGUAGAACAGAUUCAUGCAUUAGGUCUCUGGAAGACGACCACUGCAUCGCACUCGCCUGAAGCAAAUGGCGUUGCAGAACGGAUGGUGCAGAAAGUCAAAGAUGACGCCACGCGCUGUCUGUUGCAUGGAAGUUUGCCUUUGGUUUUUUGGCCUUUUGCUGCAAGACAUGGAGUGUUCAUAGCUCGACAGCGAGCCCUCGGAUUGCCCAUUCCAGCUGCUCUGCCCAAAGUGGGCCAGAAAGUUUUGGUGAGGAAAGUAGCUGCUGACAAUUUCACCAGCAGAUUGGACGAAGCUGUUUUCCUUUGCGAAGAUGAAACUAUCCCCAAUGGCGCCCUUGUCCUGAUGAAGCGCCCGUCAGGCGAACGUGGUCAGAUUGUCAAGACCCGCAUGCCCUUGGUUGCGCCUACCGCUGCAAAAACAUGGCGGCUUGAAAGCAAGGAUGACCAAAGGGAGUGGGUGUCAAACACAGGAGAGCUCUGCUGGGAUGAGCCAGCAGAUGGGCAGCCACAGCUGACUUUUGAAGAAAGAACAGCUGGUCCAGACCUUAGCGCUGGGGACGUUCUUGAACUGGUCAAGAAACAGAUGGGCAACACUGAGCCAUCCUGGAGUGAUUUCUGCAAAUUUGGUCAUGGCUACCUCCUGUCUUUAGACCAUGGCGAGCCAAAGUUCGCCUGCAAGGCUGUCAAGGCCAACGACAGUUCAAGUCACAUGUCCAACCAAGAUGAGAGGAUCCGUUACCAUGUUCUCCCCUUUGAUUUGGAAGAAGAUAUGAAUCAGACAGAGGCACAAAGCCGAGAUAUUGCCACCUCAGCUGAAGCAGUUCCCCAAUCAGUUUUGUGGAGCGAUGACACCUCUGAGGAGGAGAGAGCCAAGUGGAUCAAUGGACUUCAGGCAGAGCUGGACAACAUGAUGGAAAAACAAGUUCUUCGCGAAGUCACACGUGAAGAAGCAAAGGGCUUCUUUGGCUUGACGUCCACGUCAGAACUGCCAAUUCCUGUUCCAAGCAAGUUGGUGCUUACCCGGAAGCCGAUGAUGGACCCUGCUCCAAGUGAAGCUUCGGCAUCAAUCGCUUCUGCAGUAGCUCACAGCUCAUGGAAGGCCAAGGUGAGGUUGGUGGCUUGUGGAAAUUACCAAGCAGAUACACAGGCUCACAUGCUCGAGAACUCUUCUGCAAACCCAUCACAGGAAAUUGUGCGCCUCCUGAUCUCCAUGUUGGUGAGGCACCCAGAAUGGGUUGCACUGGUGUUGGAUAUUGCUUGCGCCUUCCUGAAUGCUGAGCUCGGUGAUGACAAAGUUUUGAUUCGGCCCCCUCCAUCACUGGUCCGCAUGGGCCUUAUAGCUCCACAUGUGCUGUGGCUUGCUUUGCGUGCAAUCUAUGGUUUGCGAAAAGCGCCGAAAUUAUGGCAAGAAGAAAGAAAUCGAAUGUUGGACCACCGUGUUGUCAACACUUCCAUUGGCAGUGUUGUAAUGCAGCCUCUAGAGUCUGGCGCAUGGCUUCUGCAGGAAGAUGGAGAAUGUGUUGGGCUUUUCAUGAUGUAUGUGGAUGAUGGCUUGCUGGUUGGACCUCGUGAAGUGCUGGUAUCCUUAGGAGCUGAGUUGAAAACAUUGUGGGAUUUGAAGUGUCAAGGUUUCUUGGCCAGCCACGCGCUUGGUGGCGAAUCAGUCGUCCCAGUUGGUGACGAGAGCGUCCCUGUCCAGCAAGAGCUGAACUUUUUGGGGGUCAAGAUCCGCAGGUGUCCCGACAAUGGUGUGCUUUUACAUCAAACGUCUUGGCUGAUCCAAGAAUUGAACAAGCGAGGCUGGCUUCACAUGAAGGGCAGUCCCUCACUGCCUGCUGUUCCAGAAGGAACGUUGGAGCCAAUGACCCGCGAUCAGCAGUACACUGAGGUCUUGCGGAAAGCCCAGAGUGAAGUUUUGUGUUUGCAAUGGCUUGCCCUGCGCAGUCGCCCAGACAUCGCCGCCACGGUCGGCUCUGCGGCCUGCUUGUCAGCUAUCCAUCCCGGAGUUGCACUGAAGUUAUGUCAAGGCAUUUGGCGCUAUUUGAGCAGCACUCGAAACCAUGGUGUCUUCUUUGCGCCUUGCUUCCCGGAGUCUUGCUUUGAUGAUUCCCUGUGGCUAUUUGGAGAUGCUAGCCUGGCCCCAGGAGCCAGCCGUAGCCGCACUGGAGUGGUAAUCAAGUGGGGUGACCACAUUCUGUCUUGGAAAUCUCAAAGACAGGCUCUCACUGCUUGGAGCGCCUUUGAAGCUGAAGUCGAUGCUGGAGCUUCUGCUUGUCAGGUUGGUGUUCCAGUGAAGGUCCUUCUGCAAAAAGUUCUCGGCCAGCCAAUACAAACUUUCCUCGGCAGUGACAACGCUGCUUGUGUAGCCAAUUUGGUCAAGGGAUCCAACACUACGGUGCCCACUCGCACACGCCACUUUGGCAUGAGGUGUGCUUACAUCCGGGACCAGGCCCAUGCUGAAGGAUUUGCCAUUCAGCACAUUCCUGGCACAGACAUCCCUUCAGAUGCUUUGACCAAAGUGUUGCAACGAUGUAAGCUUGAAGAAUCCCGGCAGAAACUGAAUGUCCUGGCAAAGCUUUGA